AUGUUCCAAAAAGUAAAACCACAACCACCACAACACAAAGGGAUGAGUGCAUCUCCAACAACACCCUCUAAUCAUCUACCUACUGGAUCUUACUUUAGUAAUAACAACAACAACACUACUACCAAGCCAAUACCCUCAUUUCCAUCAUCUAAAGCAAGACAAACACCUACCAAGUCCACACCUAUCAUCAUGAACCACGAAAAUUAUCUUCCAGAUUCUAAAAUAUUUGGAUCCUAUGAUUCAUCGCUACACUAUGAUUUGGAAGAUGAAAGUACGAGUCGUUCUUCUGUUCCUUCUGUUAGAAGUAGUAAUGAUUUUCAUGAAAUUAAAAGGAAGGAAAAGACACCAAAAAAGCUGAGUCCUCAUGAUGAGGUACUUGUAAAUGAAAUGUAUGAAUUUUUGCAAAACAAAUCACAACAUAGAAGAAGAGAUUUUGAAGAGGACGAAGAGGAUGAUGUGGCUGGUGUUUUGAGCUCUACACUCCCAUCAGGAGGAUACUUGUCAUCCUCUGCAAAACCAAACUUUUUCCCAAAGAAAAAGUAUUACACAAGCUCCGAUAGUGAAGAAUCUGAAGAAGAGUCUACAUCUUCUUCGGAUGAAUCUGAUGGAGAACAGUCUGAUGAAGACAAAUCCAUGAGCAAAUCCUACCAACCAAAGACGGAAUUUGGCAAGAUGAAAGAGAGUAGAAAAACUUGGUUUAAAUCUAACUUGGCUGAAGAUUCUGGAGAAGAUUCGGAAGCAAACUCUGAUAGUGAAAGCGAUAAUGAAAACGAGGAAUAUGAAGACAGUGAUGCUGACAUUUCUAUUUCUUCACUGAGUUUGGAAGCAGCAAAGCAAAAAGAUUCAUUCUCUUCUGUUAAACAACAAAUCGGAGUGGAACCAGACAAGAAGGAUACCCUUGUAUUGUUCUUAUUACAACAUGUGGCAAGGCAAUAUAAUCCAGAUCCUAACUUUUUCCUUUCAUUGUGUAAAAAGUUGCACGCUGGUGGAUUUCUGAAUGAUACUAGCUUGUUGGAUCCUCGUGUUCUGAAAAAGAGAUGUAAGGAUUUUGUGAAGGAUGUGAUAGAGCAUUGGCCAAUCAGUCUGGAAGACACUGAUAACAUCAACACUAAACAUUCAAAGGUACAACCUGAUGAUGUGAGUGGAACAGGAAAAAGCAAAGCACCAAAGGUUGGCAGCUUGCCAAGAUCGGAAAGUUAUCACUCCUUCCUCUCAGCUAACAGUAAUGAAUAUGCACCAAACAAAUCUUCAACUUUACUGACAUCCUUGCCUUUGUUUGAUUCACUCUUUUUCAGUCCUAGUAGAUACAAAUCAGAUUUUUAUCACAAACAAAGAAUUGGUAGAGGUGCUUUUGGUGUUGUGUUCGUUUGUAAACACAAGAUUGAUGGUCACUACUAUGCUAUCAAGAAGAUUAAAUUCUCAUUCAAAGAUAGUCAAGAAUUAAAAGAUGUCUACAAGCAAGUAAUUAGAGAAGUGAGAGCUUUGGCAGCUUUGGACCAUCCAAAUAUUGUAAGAUAUAACCAAGCUUGGUUUGAGCCAAACACCAAUGGUAUGCAUGACGAUGAACUUCCACCAGAAGAAGAUGAAACUGGAGGAUCUCACACUAAUCACGACCGAUCAGAUUUCAAAUCAUCAAUGAGCACUUCUAAUUUGGAACGUUUCUCCAGUAUGGGAUAUGCUACUGAUUCAGAUGAUGAGGAAGAGAAUGAUAUUAUUCCUCAUGUUGAUGUCAAUAGAAGAAGUCCUAAAACAGUUUUUCCUAACACUUUAACUUUCGAGAUGAGCCCAGAAACUAGUUUCAAUUCUGGAUCAGUUGCAAAUAUGGAAUCAACUUUCGAGCUCCCUUUUUCACCUCCUACAGAUAUGAGUUAUCUUGAAUUUGCUGUAGAAAAGAAAAAGACUACGAGCCAUCUCUUCCGAGUACUCAAAGACAUGUUCAAUGAGAAAAAUAACAAAUUCGAGAUGGUACUUUUCAUUCAAAUGCAGUUGUGCAAUCCUCAUACACUAGAUGAUUGGUUAUGGUCAACUGAAAGAACUCAAGAUAAGAAGCUGAAUAUGAAUGAAGCAUUGCAUUUCUUUGGUCAAAUUUGUGAUGGCAUCAAACAUAUACACGAAAGAGGAGUUAUCCAUCGUGAUUUGAAGCCUUCUAACAUUUUCCUUUCAUCAGACAAUACUGUUAAAAUUGGAGAUUUUGGACUUGCCAAAUAUUGCUUUGAAACUAUAAAUCACAAUAGAGCAAGUUGUGAUGGACCUCAUGAUUCAAGUUCGUGCAUAAUCAUGAACAGACCAUGUAGUCCAACAAACAUUGAUCACACUGUGGGUGUAGGCACAUAUUUCUAUGCAAGUUUGGAACAAUUAUCCAAUUCACAGUAUAAUGAAAAGGCUGAUAUUUAUAGUUUGGGUGUAAUUUUGUUUGAAUUGUUGCAUCCAUUUGGAACCCGUACAGAACGAGCAUUUAUUUUGAAAGAUUUGAAAGAUGGUAUAAUACCUUCUGAAAUGGUCAAAAAGUUCCCAGAAGAAAUGGCAAUUGUUAAGCAAUGUAUUGAUACAGAUCCUAACAAUAGACCAACAGCAGGUGAAAUUCUUGAGAAGGUAAACAACCUAAAGAGAAAAUACAAAACCAAUGUAGCACAAAAGGCAGUUCCAAUCCUUGAGAGAAAAUCUUCGGGUAAUCAAUUUGCAACCAUCGACCUUCUCAAAGAAAAGAACAGACUCAUUGAAGAACAACAAAAGGAAAUUGAAAGACUUAAGGAAAUUAUCAAAAGCCAAUCAGUCGCAACAAUAAUUUCAGAAUAAAGACAACCUUGUGUUUGUUAAC